CUGGCAGUCAAGCAGCAGGCGGGAGCAACAUCCAUGUGGGCUUCCUGUUGUGGGUUGCUGAAUGAAGUCAUGGGCACCGGAGCUGUGCGAGGUCAGCAGUCCGGAUUUGGGGGUGGUGCAAACCCAUUUAGGUUUACACCAAACACCGACUUCACUGUGUACACAUCUUCAGCAGCAGGAGGAGCCGGCAUAAUCUGCAAAGCGUGUGGCCUUUCAUUCUCUGUGUUCAGGAAAAAGCACGUGUGUUGUGAGUGCAAGAAGGACUUCUGUUCCAUGUGUUCGGUCUUGCAAGAGAACCUGCGAAGAUGCUCCACUUGUCAGUUGCUGCAGGAGACAGCGUUUCAGCGGCCCCAGCUGAUGCGCUUGAAAGUCAAAGAUCUACGCCAGUAUCUGGUUCUUAGGAACAUCCCGACAGAUACCUGUCGUGAAAAGGAAGACUUGGUGGACCUUGUCAUGUGCCAUCAUGGCCUGGCUUCUGCGGAGGAUACGGACACUGGCAGCUUGUAUUCUGCCCGCUCACAGACUGCUAGUUUUUCUGUACCUCCCAUGUCUGUGACCGGAUCUACAUCGUCCUCUCAGGGUGAGCUUGCAAAUAGGCACGAAAGCACAGGAAACGAAGUGCAGUUACAGGGACAAAAUGAGAGACUGUUGGCAAACCCUGGCGAGGAGGAGAACACAGAUGAGCAGAUUCCAGGACAGUCCCGGAAGCGUGCAAGGGCCUCUCUCUCCGAUCUUUCAAGCCUGGAAGAUGUUGAAAGCUUAACCGUCCGCCAGUUGAAGGAAAUACUGGCUCGGAAUUUCGUCAACUACUCAGGUUGCUGUGAAAAAUGGGAGCUGGUGGAGAAAGUGAGCCGGCUGUAUAGGGAAACAGAGGCAAAUCACAGGACCCAAGGAGAGAAGACUCAGUUGAAUGAUGAGGACGACAACCUCUGCAGGAUCUGCAUGGAUGCCAUCAUAGAUUGCGUGCUGUUGGAGUGUGGCCACAUGGUCACUUGCACCAAGUGUGGCAAGCGCAUGAGCGAAUGUCCCAUCUGCCGCCAGUACGUUGUACGCGCUGUGCACGUGUUCAAGUCGUGAA